UCGGUGCCUUGAAGAAGAUGGUGCUAGUUUAGAAUAGGUUAACAAAUGUGAAAUUAGUAUCGUCAUAGAUAGCACUGUACGUAACCAAAGUCGUGGUCGGAGCAACAUAAAAUUAUUACAAAUAAAUAUUAGAAAUCAUGUUAAAAAACAUUAUUCCUGUUAAAACGAUAUAUUCGAAGUUCCGACCGUGGAAAAAUGAAAUACGAUCGUUUGUUAAUAUGAGGAAAAUAAAACGUGCGUUCAGACGUUUUGUUUAUCAGUCAGAAAGUAAACCUCCUUAUUUUCAUAUUACACAAGUUGGUGAUCCUGUUUUGCGCACACCAACCUUGCCGGUAAAUCUCGAAGUUAUUCAAUUCUUUCAAUUUCAAAUGGUUAUAAAACAAAUGAAAAUAAUUAUGGAAAUUUAUGAUACCUUUGGAUUAUCUGCUUGUCAAAUUGGUUUACCAUGGAAAGUUUUUAUGAUACAAGUUACAGAAAAACAUUUAAAGGAUAUUGGUGAAAAUUUGAUGAAAAUUCGUGAAAUGGAAGUAAUACCGUUACAAGUAUUUAUUAACCCUACCAUUCGUAUCAUAGAUCAUAAGUUAGUUUCAUUUCCCGAAGUAUGUGCUAGUGUUCGAGGUUACUCUGCAGAAGUACCUAGAGCAAGAGAAGUUGAGAUUAAAGCUUUCAAUGAAUCCUCUGAAGAAGUUACGGUCAGGUUCAAAGGAUGGGCAGCAAGAAUCAUUCAACAUGAAAUGGAUCAUUUGAAUGGAAUAUUAUACACGGAUAAAAUGGAUAGACGAACGUUUUCUUGUUGUUAUUGGAAUGAAGUGAACAAGCAUAAAGGACUCAUAGAGAUACGAUUCGAUUCAUAAAAUUCGUAUGAAAAGUUUUGGAGAAAAUAUGUAGGUGAAUAUAUAUGUGAGUAGUAAGAUAUAUAACUAAUAUAUAAUGAUAUCUAAUGAUAAACAUAUAAUAGCGAUAUAAAAAAUAUGGUACUUUUAUUAAUGCAUCUUCUAGGAUACAAUUAAUAGCAGAAUACACGACGUUAUAUAUGUAUAAGAUAAUGCGUAUACAUCUAUAUUCUGCAUUGUUUUUUCAUUGGACAUAUGUAUUGUACCAAUGCUUUUCUUUUUCUUUCUUUUUCUAUGUAUCUUCUAGAAUCACAGAUCCUAGGAGA